UCGGAGGGCGAGAAGGGCCGUUGCGGCCCGGGAGCAGGGCCAUGGAGAAGCUGCGGCGAGUCCUGAGCGGCCAGGACGACGAGGAGCAGGGCCUGACUGCACAGGUCCUGGACGCCUCGUCCCUCGGUUUCCACACCAGGCUGAAGUGGUUUGCCAUAUGCUUUGCCAGUGGCGUCCUCUUCUCUGUUCUUGGAACUGGAUUGCUGUGGCUUCCUGGUGGCAUAAAGCUUUUUGCAGUGUUUUAUACACUUGGAAAUAUUGCUGCCUUAGCCAGUACGUGCUUUUUAAUGGGACCCAUGAAACAACUGAAGAAAAUGUUUGAAACAACGAGAUUGCUUGCAACGAUUGUUAUGCUUUUGUGUUUCAUACUUACCCUGUGUGCUGCUCUUUGGUGGCAUAAGAAGGGGCUGGCUUUAUUAUUCUGCAUAUUGCAGUUCUUGUCAAUGACCUGGUAUAGUCUGUCAUACAUCCCGUAUGCAAGGGAUGCGGUAAUUAAAUGCUGUUCUUCUUUGCUGAGUUAAAAAUCAGAAACUCUUUGAAAAGACCAAUUUGAAAGCUGAUGUUCUGUUUUUGGUGAAGUAUACUUUUCCUGAUACAGUAAUCACUCCAAAAAAACAACUACACUGACCAUUUAAGACCAUUCUGUAUACUGAUAAAAACUACAUGCUAAUUAAACUGUUAAGUGCUUCUGACGUUAAA